GUAAUCUGCUGGUCGCUAUCACUGCACCGGUCGCGUCGAGAGCAUGAUUGUCCCGGGUGGAUUCGGUGUCUUUGCUGCCUCCGUAUUCGGCCACCGUCGCUUUCACUGCGAGGACCUUCAGUAGUGCGUCGAGAUGCUGACCGCUCUGGUGCUGUUUGUGUCGGUUUACCUGGCCGUCAGGGCCCUGAUGGCGAAGUUGCUUCAGAACCUGCAAGAUGCUUCCACAGUGUGGAAUUUCAGAUCGCCUCCUAAUGCUAAAGACUCUUCCACAUCUUUUACUGGCCAGGGGCACGACCAGGGCAGUUACCGCUAUGGAAGAAAGGUCCACAGGCAGAGCUCGGCUUACAAUGUUGACAAGUAUGGUGUCGAGUCUGUUUAUGUUCCCAAGAUUCCCUUUUCGAAGCAGAUGGAGAAUUUUGAGGUCCGAGCGUAUUUCAAAGAGUGGAUGCCUAUGGAGCCUCAGCGGCACGCUGAUCAUCUGCACAUUGAUCAUCUGCACCGCUGUUCUAUUGAAAGCUGUUAUAAGUGUGUGCCUAUGAGCAAGGAAAAGUUUGUUGCAAAUUGUAAAGAACUUGACAAUGCCCUCGUUGUACGGCCUGUUUGGAGGGGUUGGCUGACACCGGUAGACCUUCUGAAGAACUCUAUCUAUCUUACUUGCAAGAGAAUACCACAUCAUUACAUGCCUAUUCCCAAACAAAUCUUGACUUCUGAAAGGGUGAAAGAUGCAAUCAGCCGAGCUGUUGAAGAUGACCCCGAAACUGACCAAGCAGUGCAUAGUAAACGGGCCGCUUGCAUCUUCGAACGUAUGCGGGCGUCAAUUUCUACAUCAUUGCUCAGGGUAGCAGUGUGGUUCAUGCAUCGUAUCAUGUCCCGCAUGUUGACUGGAGUGUAUGUGCCGAGAGGGCAAAUAGACAUGAUCAAACGUGCCUCAGAGCUCAAUGUUCCCAUGGUAUACUUACCUCUGCAUCGGAGCCAUCUUGAUUACAUUCUUGUGACGUACCUGCUAUACCUGAAUGAUAUGAGGCUGCCACUUGUGGCUGCUGGAGAUAAUCUGCUCAUCCCUCUUUUUGGGCAACUGCUGCGAGGUCUGGGGGGAUUUUUCAUCAAAAGGAGGCUUGACUUCAAAGAUGGGCGCAAGGACCACGUGUACAGAGCAGUUCUCAAAGAGUACAUGAAAGAGAUCUUGAUGGCGAACCAUAGCUUGGAGUUCUUCCUCGAAGGAGGGCGAUCACGAACUGGGAAAACUCGCCUCCCCAAAGCAGGUCUCCUGUCAGUCAUCGUUGACUCUUUCUAUGAGGAGCCUUGGAAAGACAUUCUUAUAGUACCCAUUUCUAUCAGCUAUGAGAAGUUGUUGGAUGGAAACUUUGUCAGUGAGCAGUUGGGAGAGCCAAAGGUGAUGGAGACAUUCACAGCAGCACUCACUUCCAUCUGGAAGAUAUUACAUUCCAACUAUGGUGCCGUUCGUGUCGAUUUCUGUCAGCCAUUCUCUCUGAUGGAGUUCCUCAACCGUGCCAGAAUUUCGUCUUCCGCGCCACUAUACUUUGACUGCCCUCUUUCUUUGCUGGAAGCUGCAAAAGACUCAAGAACAGUCAAGUACAAUGAGUGCACGAGUACAACCUCACUAUCCAGUCCAGACGGCACUUCUGAAGAGACUCGAGCGGCUAUUAAAAGCCUUGCCAACCAUGUUGUUCACCAGUCGACAGCAUCUCUUACAUUGAUGAGCACAAGCUUGGUUGCUUUCCUACUUCUCACAAAACAUCGAAAGUGGUGCAACAUGUCUGUGCAGGGUGGAACUCUGCAGCAGUUGGCAGACAGCCUCUGCUGGCUACGGUCAGAAGCGAGGCUGCACAAACGCCAGGUGAUGUGCCUUGGCGAUGAUGCAGAGACAGUUCGCCGUGCAUGUGCCUUGCUGGGCAAAGAACUCGUAAUCUCGGAGACAGUCCAGAUGGAAUGGUCAUCGGGAGACACUGAGAAUAACAAUGUCAAGAUUGUCUUCUACCGACCUGCACUGCACCUUCCUUCUGUGCUGGAGCUGCAGUACUAUGCCAAUGCUGUGCUGCCAGUGUUCGUGCCUGAAGCGAUUGUUGCCACUUCACUAUAUGCUCUCACUGGUGAAGUUACACUCAUACAGGAACUGAGUCCUUUGGUUAUUUCAAAGCGUGACCUGCUGAGUAAGUGCCAGGAUCUGAUCAACAUCCUCCAGCGGGAGUUUGUGUUGGUUCUACCAUGCUCCAGUGUGCGGGAAGUGAUCGAUGAUGCCAUAUCAUACUUUGCGACGAACAACAUUCUAUGCACCUGUGACAGCACCCAGCCAAAGCAGGAUGAUCCAUAUGCGUGGUCGACGGAUGAUGAAUCGUCACUCAACAAUUCGGAGUACGAAUAUGGUGAAUCAAGGGAGUACGAAUUCAUGGAAGAAUACAGUCUUGUCCUGGAUGACAUAAGCCUGAUGCACCUAGAGUUUCUUCGGUCUGUGCUUGCAAGCUACAUAGAGUCUUACUGGGUGGUUGCCUGUUCUCUUUUCAAGCUGGUGGGCACUCCGAUGGAAGAGAGGAUAUUCUUCCAAGAAAUCCAGAAGGUUGCUCAAGACAAAUUGCAAGAAGGAACACUCUAUUAUGAGGAAAGCUUCGCUGCUGACACGUUGCACAAUGCAGUCCAGCUGUAUGAACAAUGGGGUAUUGUAGAGCAUCACACUCAAGACUGCAUUCGUGUCCUGUACUUGAAUGAGCAGUGGAAUGUGGAUGAAGCCAUCAAUUCUGUGAUUAGCUUUGUGGGGCAAUUCAGGCAGUAACAGAAGAAUGUUCACUUCAGAAACAUUCAGCUGGGAGCAGCAGCUGCUGAAGACAAGCCCGACUGUUUAUGCUUAGUAUUUGUGAUUUUGUAAUGUAGGCUUGUGUGUAAUGUGAUUUUGUAAUGUACGUAAAACAACAAAAUAAUACAAAAAAUUAGGGGGGAAAAAGUCUUUCUAAAGGCAGCUUGUUUGCAGGAGUUGAACUCUUAAAGCUUCACACUCUAACCUUUGCUUGUAAGAACCAUUAAAUACAGUUUUACUCAUUCUCGCUCAAAGUAUUAGUGGUUUAUUACUUUUCUUUCAUAUCACAUUCGUGUCUGUUUAUCCGGAAAUGUUUGUUGUUGACAUUAAGAGAAGAGCAUGGAAGUUUUAGAUCAAAAGGCAAAGGCUUGCACCAUAAAGGGGUAGACUGCAUUUUUUUCAUGUUUCCUGCACUUUGUACAUAGUAUUAAAAUUGUUCAUUUGUGAAUAAUGUCAUUUCAUAAAUGUGUAGUUCACUUUGUGCUGUCACUGUUAACAACUAAAAACUUGUUAUGUAUUCCCUUAUAUGAAGUUGUUUACCAUGAAGUGCCUUCAAGGUGAGCAAUGCAGUGCUUUUUCUGUGCCAAUAAAUAAUACAGAAAUAAACUAGCUUUUUAUUGCCUCGA